AGAAGCUGAUUUUUGGCUACCUGUUGCCAGACAACACUGGGCUCCAUCAAUGGGCUCCCUCAACCUCAUUUAUGAUGGCAUCAACCUCCUGCAGUGUAAAAGCAUCUUCUCUUCUUCAAGGCUGUAAUCAAUCUGCUUCCCUGACGCCUCCAGAACUUCUUCUUGAUCUUAUUAUUCAUACAACAAGCGAUGAAGCUAUUUUUUCCAGGUCACAUGAGCCAGGAUGUGAGGGGAUCCUAUCAGGAACGGAGAUGUAAGAUCAAAGGGGAGCAAAGGAAGAUAUGGGGUGAAACACUGAGAACUUGAUAAAGAGAUGAGCUCCAAGACACAGCAAAUGCCUUUCUUGCCAAUGGAUGGUCCUCAGGAAGUAGCCAGAGACAUGUCUGAUGAAAACAUCACCAGGAAGUUCAGAACUCCCGCCCAAACCUACGUCUAUUUUGUCAUUGCUUCUCUUGCUGUCUGUCUUCUUGUGGCAUUAGGAACCAUCGUGGUCUUAAUAUUUCACAGAAUGGAGUCCUGCCCACAGUCUGAAGGACUACAGAAUAACGCCGGACCUACUGUGAGUCCCACAAAGACUAUGCCAACUGAAAAAGCUGCUGCAUAUCUCCAAGUGUUAAAACCAAUCAACCAGUCACGACUGAGGUGGAAAAAAGACGGCACUCUCCACAACAUGGACUACAAUGAUGGAAACCUUGUGAUCCAGCAGCCUGGAUGGUAUUUCAUCUAUUGCCAUUUACACUUUUUCGUCACCAGGUGCCCAGACAAGACAUCUGACCUAAAGCUAGAGAUUUUGGUGAAUGGGAUUUCUAAGAAACAAACUCUGUUCACAUUGUGCUGCUGUGACAAGCAAUCCAAUGGGACAUACCAUGAUAUCUUCCAGGUACUUUUGAUCGAGCUGGUGAAGGAAGAUCAAAUAGCUGUGAACCUCGAACAGUUUGAAUAUGUGGACACAGUUGUUCUUCCCUCAAACAACGUUUUAGGAGCUUUAAAGUACAAUGCUGAAGACUGGGGAUAUGGCGAAGACUGGAGAUCCCUUGAUCUCAGAAUGGUCUUUAGCUAAACAAUAAACAGCAUCUUGUCUUUUAGGUGUACCUCAUCCAGCCCCACUUGGAGGGACUACAGAAUCUUAUCAUGCUGAAGUUGUUUCGGUUGCCAUUGUUUUUAAAGAGUAGGCUUUUGCUGCAAACACCCCUGAUUAAAGGUACUGUUCUGGAAUUGGGGGGGAAUGAUUCAACAAAAGAUUGGAUUAUCGUUACAAGCAGAAUGGAGACCAGAAGCAGUUCCCAGUACAUUCCCUGAUGCACUGACUUCAUUUGGAGGGACCUGUUUUCAUUGCCAUUUGAUCUGCAAAUAUAACCAACAUAUUGCCCGUUUCCUCCACCUCUUCCCCAUGUCCACAGGAAUAGAUACCUUGGCUGGCUGGCUGCCUAGCUGGCUGGGCCAAGAUGUCAUGAUCUCAGCCCAGAGCAGCAAGAAACACUUGCCAGCUCAAGGUCUGCCAGUUUUUUGUUUUCCAAAUUUCACUAAGUUAAGAUUUUUAAAACCACUAAAAUAAGAAGAAUCCAUUUGCUGCAUUUUGCAAAUCAAUACAGUACUAACGUUGCAUUACUUUUUAUUAUAAUUUUGUAUAAACUAAUAUUUUUCACCUUUUAAUUUUUGAAAUAUAAAAUUUUCACAUACAGCUGUAUCAAAUUCUGAAGUUAAAUACAUAUGGUUUGGGGAAAAGAU